AUGCUGUGGAUGACUGGAUGGCGUAAGCAUGGUAUCAGAGACGUAUUUGCUGGUCAAGUGAAACGCAAGGGGCGUAACACCAUAGCUGUGCUGCAUUUAGACAGCAAGUGGACCUACGGUGAUUUGGAUGACUACUCAAACCGUGUUGGCAAUUAUCUCCUUUCUAAAGGCUACAAACCACAAACCAAUGUUGCACUCUUCAUGGAAAAUGAGCCAAAAUACAUUGCUAUUUGGCUGGGUGCAUCCAAGGUUAGUCUGGCGACAGGUCUGAUAAACUCCAACGUUCGUCGUGAUGCCCUCGUGAGUUGCCUGAUCCAACUUGAUCCACAGGCCGUUUUCGUGGGAGCUAGUCUGGUUCCAUGUAUCGUCGAAGCCGGUAUCAUUCCUGAAGGCACACUUUUAGAGGGUCAGGACGUGAUCAUUUUCCCACCAGCCUCCAACUCAAAAUCUCCUUGGGGCACUGAUUUCACUGCCUCACAGGUCACCUAUGUCAAUCUUGGUGAGGUGCUAGAUGCCAGCUCAGCGGCGCCUCCUCCCGUUGUCAAGGAACCAAAACUCACUGAUGUCCUCAUUUAUGUCUUCACCAGUGGUACCUCUGGUUUACCUAAGGUCAUCCAAUAUGUUGGGGAAACCCUCCGCUACCUCCUGGCUCAACCAUAUACACCUGAAGAAACGCAGCACAAAGUUCGUCUGGCCACUGGUAAUGGCGUUCGGCGUGAAAUUUGGGUGGAUUUCGUCAAGCGUUUUGGUAUUAAGCGAAUGGGUGAAUUCUAUGGUGCUACUGAAUCAAACUCCAAUCUUGCUAAUUCGGAGAACAGGGUUGGCUCACUGGGUUACACUUCAAUCAUUCUGCCUUCAGUCUACCCCGUGUUGUUGGUUAAGACAGACCCAGAGACCGGUGAAGUCAUUCGAAAUCCCAAAACGAAUCUAUGUGAACUGUGCGAGUACAAUGAAGUUGGUCAACUUGUCGGUCGAAUUAAGCGCUCCAGCCCUAUCCGUAAUUUUGAGGGCUACAUAAAUCGCAAGGAGACCUCACGCAAAGUUAUUUCCAACGUCAAGUGCCAUGGUGACCAGUAUUUCCUUUCGGGUGAUCUUUUGGUUCAGGACGAAUUCGGUUACUUCUACUUCGUCGAUCGAUUGGGUGACACCUUCCGUUGGCGUGGUGAGAAUGUUUCCACAACAGAAGUGGAAAAUUUGGUUGGUAAGGCGAUCAACUUUGCCGAUUGUGCCGUUUACGGCGUCAAGGUGCCUGGCAACGAGGGUCGGGCUGGCAUGCUGGCACUGUCUCUUGAUAAAAACGCGGACAUCGGCAAGGCCAUUGCCAAUGGCCGCGCCGGUGGGAGUGGUGAGAGCGCAGAGGCUCAGGAAAUUGAAGUUUUAAAGGACCUGGCCGACGUCUUUGCAAAACAGCUACCACUCUAUGCUCGUCCGCUGUUUGUGCGAUUCAUGAAAGUGCUUGAUACCACCGCGCUCUUUGGAAUUAGUUUUGGCCAACCUGUUAUUUCCCCACUGGUGAGGAUAGGAAAUGCGCCAUAUUAG